UAAAUAUAUGAACCACAAGUCUUUCACCGUGCACUUCUCUCAAAAUUUUUGUAGUUAAACGAUCAUAUGCAAAGACGUUGUAGCUGCGAAGAUAAGUUCGACACAAAUAUACAUCAAAUUCCACGUACUGAGAAGUUAAACUAAUUUUUAACAAUUAGAAAUCUGUAAAUUCAAAAGCUUCCUGCAAACUUAAUCUACAUGGAUAUUAAGCCAGCGACAAACUGGGAAAGUCCAAAGAGCUCCAAAACGUCAAAACCAAAGUCCGUUACCAAGCAUCUCGACACACAAACUCCCGAUGCGAAAGUGAACUGCCAGGUUUGUGGGAAAAUUUUUAAAAAUCCACCAAGCCUGCGAUCUCACAUGCGGAGUAUUCACACCGACCGGGAACGACCCAGUUGUGACAUAUGUCAUCGGGUCUUCUUCAAUUCAGCAAACUUGCGGACCCAUAUGAAAGCCGUCCACAGCACUAGGGAACGACCUCGGUUCCCAUGUGGAUUUCGCGGAUGUGAGAAAACUUUUCUGCAUAAAUCCCGAGUUUCGCAACACGUAAAAACCGAACAUGCUGAGAAUCCGGUCCGAUUUCGGUGCACACUUUGCGGAAAGGACUUCAAAACAAGGACUGAACUUGAGACUCACAUUUUCACACAUACGACGGAGAAGCCGUACGAUUGUGCCACUUGUGGGAGGAGUUUUGCUAGCAGGGAACACCUAAAAAGUCACGAGAUGACGCAUUUGGAAAAAUCUUACCGAGACAAGUUACAAUGUGACAUCUGCCCGCAGACCUUUUUAAGCAAACAUGCUCUACAAUUGCACACCCGAGUUGUGCAUGAAAAUCCGUGCACAUCUUGUGGCAAGAGAUUCCCCAACUCAACAGAAUUGAAGCGUCACGUGGAGGCGAAACAUGUCACGAAUAAGGAUCUGGUCCAUUCCUGCGACAAAUGCGAGUACAAGAGCCACUCGAAACACAAUUUGGUUAAACACCGAAGACGUCACAAUGCAGCAAGGCAUAAAUGUUACUUCUGCGGGAAGAAAUUUGUCACUUUUUACGAAUUGGUCAGACACUGUGGUCGAGUCCAUGUAUUGUAUGUAUGUACUAUGUGGGGUGACCAGACUACUCAUUAAUAGAGACAGCCAGGCCAGCGGCGGUAGCGCAGGUCGAGUCCAUACUCUAGAAAAGUUGAAAUACUGAUGAAUAUAAAAACUACUAGUUUUAAACUAGAUAUAUAAAUAUCUAUUUAUGCCACGCACGCAGGGCGACCGAAGCCUGUGAAUUUUGAAUGCCACUUCUGUCGAAGAAAUUUGACUUGGUACGACACUACUCCAAUCGCUCCCAUGCCCCGGAAAAGUAGAAAUUUGAUAGCUUUUAGAUUUUGUUCGAUUUAGUGUACUAACCUUUAAACUAACUUCUACACUUAUAAAUAGCAUUAUGCUGUAAAAUCAACUUAUCCGCGGAAAUUGUACCUUGCAGAAGCAAAUUAUGAUGUCGCUUAAAACUAGGAUACAUAUGUAAUUAAUUUAGACGUCAAAUAAAAACUCGCAUCUUUGAAUAA